AUGCUGGGACUCUCGGCAGCUGCUUCAGUGUACGCUCCUGAGGUCUAUGCCUCUUCAGUGCAAGAGAAGAGUUUCAUCAUGAUCAAGCCUGAUGGCAUUCACCGAGGGCUGAUUGCCGACAUCAUCAAGCGCUUUGAGGCCAAAGGCUACAAACUUGUGGCCAUCAAGGUCAUGGUGCCAUCCAAGGACCUAGCUAGCAAGCACUACGAGGAGCAUGCCCAAAGGCCAUUCUACCCUGGUUUGGUGACUUUCCUGUCGUCUGGGCCAGUUGUUGCAAUGGUGUGGGAGGGAAAAGAUGUGAUCAAGUAUGGCAGGAAAAUGAUCGGUGCGACCAAUCCCUUGGCAUCGACCCCAGGCACGAUCAGAGGUGACUACGGAAUUGAUGUUGGGCGGAACAUCAUCCAUGGCUCGGAUAGCGUGGAGUCGGCGCAGCGGGAAAUCGCCCUGUGGUUUGGUGCGGGAGAGCUCGCCGAGUACGACCUGGCCAUGGGCAAGUGGGUGUACGAGUGA